UUUUGCUUAGGGUUAAUCAUAGAAGCCAUCUCUGGAUCAGGUUUGGUUGAAAUCACAACUCUUUUGUUCUCAACAAGCUAGGGGUGAAUCUUCUCCUCCGUGAGUCUGGCAAGGUCUGUUGUGUCACUUUUUUUCAGCAGGACCUCACCACUUGGUUGAAGACUGGACUUGCUCUGACUUUUCAUCAUGAGGAUCCUGUUUGUAUCUGUAGUUCUGCUGCAGCUCAUUGGGACCUGUUUCUGUCAAUUCCCCCGAGCAUGUGCCAACUCGGAGGCCCUACGGACCAAAGUUUGCUGCCCGGUGUGGGAGGGUGACGGCUCAGCCUGUGGUGCCCUUACAGGACGUGGUUUUUGCGCUGAUGUGGUGGUCUCAGAUGAGCCCCAUGGGCCCCAGUACCCACACAGAGGGAUUGACGACAGAGAGCGCUGGCCUUUGACUUUCUACAACCGGACGUGUCGUUGUGCUGGAAACUACGGAGGCUAUAACUGUGGGGAAUGCAUGUUUGGUUACAGGGGCUCAAACUGUGCUGAGUACAGGGUAUCUGUUCGCAGGAACAUCCUGACCAUGUCAACUGCUGAGCAGCAGAAAUUUAUUUCUUAUCUGAACUUGGCCAAGAACACCAUCAGCAGAGAGUUUGUCAUCACCACAGGAACAAGAGAAGAGAUGGGUCCAAAUGGAGAGACCCCCAUGUUUGCUAACAUCAACAGCUAUGAUCUGUUUGUCUGGAUGCACUACUAUGUGUCCAGAGAUGCCCUCUUGGGAGGACCGGGCAAUGUUUGGGCAGACAUUGACUUUGCCCAUGAAUCGGCAGCAUUUCUGCCCUGGCACAGAGUCUUCCUGCUGAUGUGGGAGAAUGAGAUUAGGAAGCUGACGGGAGAUUUCAACUUCACCCUCCCAUACUGGGACUGGAGGGACGCCCAGACCUGUGAAGUGUGCACCGAUUCUCUGAUGGGUGCACGCAGCUCUUUUAAUCCCAGCCUGAUCAGCCCUGCGUCAGUCUUUUCCUCCUGGAAGGUGAUUUGCACCCAGCCAGACGAUUACAACAACCGAGAGGUUCUGUGUGACGCUUCCGGGGAGGGUCCUCUGUUGCGUAACCCUGGAAACCACGAUCCGGCCCGUGUGCCACGAAUCCCCACAUCACCUGAUGUGGACUUCACUGUGGGCCUCCCCAUGUACGAGACGGGGCCUAUGGACCGUUUUUCUAAUAUGAGCUUCAGGAAUGUUCUAGAGGGUUUUGCCAGUCCAGAGACGGGCAUGGCCAUACCAGGCCAGAGCACCAUGCACAAUGCCCUACACCUCUUCAUGAAUGGCACCAUGUCCUCAGUUCAGGGGUCAGCAAAUGACCCCAUAUUUCUGCUGCAUCAUGCUUUCAUUGACAGCAUCUUCGAGCGCUGGCUCAGGACGCAUCAACCAGUUCGGAACAUUUACCCUCGAACCAAUGCCCCUAUUGGUCACAAUGACGGCUACUACAUGGUGCCCUUCAUGCCUCUCUACAGAAAUGGAGACUACUUCCUGUCCAACAAGGCUCUAGGAUUUGAGUAUGCCUAUCUGCUGGACCCUGGUCAGAGGUUCCUGCAGGAGUUUAUCACACCGUACCUUGAGCAGGCGCAGAGGAUUUGGCAGUGGCUGCUUGGAGCCGGGAUGCUCGGGGCUCUGAUCGCUGCAAUCAUUGCAGGAAUAAUCGUUGUCGUAAGAAAGAAAUGGAAACGAAACCAGCGAAGGAAGAGGGUGCCAAGCUUUGGAGAGAGACAGCCGCUCCUGCACAGCAGCUCAGAUGAUGGAUCAGCUUCAUAUCAGAAUACUCUGUAAAAGACACAGAUACAGAGCAUACAGCAGUAUGUGGAUGCACAAAAAAAAUGAAGUCCCAGACAGGGAAGCACCUUCACACUGUAAGUUUGUAUCUCCCUGAUGUUGUCCCCCAAAUUUACACUGUACCUAUAGGAUAUACUUAUAUACACUGAUAGGAUCCUAGAGCCAUCAAGUGUUUAAACAUAACUUCUGAACACGUGAAUAUCAAACUGUGACUUGUGACAGGUCAGAGCACUCACCUCUGAGUACAUUUACUGCCUCCACAGAUGAGCUACCCGCAGUCGGCUGUGUUUUGAUCAUCAAACACUUACAUGUGAAGUGUGUACUCCUUCUUCUGACCUGAAACAGAUUCAUGUUACUUAAUUUAUUCAUCCAUUGUAUGGAACUCUAUCUGUGAUUCUGUUUACAAAUCACACAUUGUAUAAGGAUGCUGUAUGUUACAGAAGUGAAUAUAAUUCCGCUGACUCGAGCUAAGGUAAAGAAAGAUGCAAAGGUAGAGUUUAAGAUCAUUAAAAGUACGGCCUGGUCUGCCACAAUGUAGAGUUAGAGACUAUUCAGGGUGUAAGAGCUACAUUAUUCGCACCUGCAUAGAAAAUAAAUCAAUGUAUAAAAAAUUUAAAAAGAACAAAAUGAAAGAAGAUGAAUAAUAAAAAGACAUUCUGUAUAAUUUCAAGAGUAGCUGAGAACCAAAAUGCAUUUGUAGAUGUUAUAGGAACAUCAAGAUUCUUUAGAAGAAGUAUCUGUAAGUACUCAUGCAUGCCUCUACUAUGAAUUUGUAAAGUUAGACAGUUCAUGGAUCUCUUCUAUUUGAACUAGUUACAUCACGUGGUAACAGGUUACAUGACUUUAUAACUCUGCUCUGUUUCACUGAAGUGACAUCAUAAACCAAAUCUCCAACACUUCCUUGUGUUGUUACUGGUGCUGAAGAACAACAAAUGUAGUAUCAGUAUCAUGAAGACAUGGAUGAAUCAUAAGUUUGUACAUAUUGCAUUAAAGUAAGAUUUGAUUGAAA